AUGACUGAAGAUUACCCUCUACAGGCGCAUACAGUGGAGACACAGCCAAAUUCUAAGCUUGAAAACGCUAGCUUUUAUGAAAAAUUACAAAAUAAAACAUAUCUUACAUUCUUCACCAUAGGUAUUGGCCUUCUUUGGCCAUGGAACUGUAUAUUAAGUGCAUCCACAUAUUUCAUAAAUGUAAUCUUUUCUGUUAAUACUAUUUGGGCUAGAAAUUUUACUAGUUCCAUGAUGACAGUAUCUACAAUUGCAUCACUAAUAUUUAAUACAUGGCUAGCACAACGCCAAUUUAAUUAUUCACAAAGGGUAAUCUCAGGGUUAUUUUGGGAAAUAAUAAUAUUUAUUCUUUUUACGCUGAUUUCUGUGGUCCAUUCAAGUUUAAAUAUGGCUGUCGUAUUCUUUUUUGUCAUGAUAUUAGUUAUAGGUAGUGCACUAGGUACAGCAUUAAGCCAAAAUGGUAUUCUUGCCAUUGCUAAUUUAUAUGGUUCCGAAUAUAGUCAAGCAGUUGUAGUUGGACAAGCUAUUGCAGGUGUAGCUCCAUCCGUGGUUUUAUUCAUGGCUGCCUUUUUCGGCGAUGAUAAUCAUGAUAUAGGACUGUUUGGAAUAAUUUGUUAUUUAUUAGCCACCGCUAUGGUGUGCACAGUUUGUAUUAUUCUAUUCAAAAAAAAUUCUAUUGCUGAUAAACUAUUAUCCAACGAAACCUCAGUUUCCUCAGAAAGAACUAACGUACCAUUCGAUACGUUAUACUAUAAGUUGAAAUGGCUAGUAUUGGCAAUUCUUUUUACUUUUAUUAUAACAAUGGCGUUCCCAGUAUUUGCCUCUACAACCAUGUCAAUGGGUAUCAACUUGAGUGAUACUAAGUAUAGCGCAUUAGCUUUUAUUAUUUGGAACAUUGGUGAUGUCUAUGGAAGAAUCAUAGCCGACAAACCAAUGUUCAGAUCUUCAUCUUUUACUGCAUUGAAAUCAUUUAUUUAUUCAUUAUCGAGAAUAAUACUUGUUCCACUUUUCUUUAUAUUUACUACUUUGAAUUCCCGACAUAAACACAGUAGUCUAAUAUUUGCUGAUAUUUGUUACAUGCUUUUACAAUUUAUCUUUGGUGUCACAAAUGGACAUAUUAUUUCAAUCGCCUUUAUGAAAGUACCUGAAUACUUGGAAACUGAUGAAGAGAAAGAAGCUGCUGGAGGGUUCACUACAAUCUUUGUAUUUAUUGGUCUUGCUUUGGGAAGUUUACUGAGCUAUCUAGUUACUUUUACAGUAAACUCGAUAUUAUCAAACAAUUCACAAUCUUAA